UUUGUUGGAGCAAUGAGCCCACCCUAAUGAGUGUGGAUGAUAGCGGGACGUGAAAGAAGUGGGUUCAAAUAUUUUUAACCAACCUGUUUAGACAUAUUAGUCCACACUAGGAGAAAGUGAGGACUGCAGCUUAGUGUCCGGAGUGUGGUGCUGGAAAAGCACAACAAGUCAAGAAGCCCUUCAUCAGGAAUGACCUGAAAUAAUCAGCAAGAAAACAGCCUCAUUCCUGAUGAAGGGCUAGUGCCCGAAACGUCGGUUCUCCUGCUCCUCGGAUGCUGCCUGACCUGCUGUGCUUUUCCAGCAACACUCUCUCGGUAUUAGUACACACCCCUGGAGUGGGUGGGACUUGAACCCAUGUUUCUAGUCCGAUCACAAGGUUUAAUAUCCCCCAUUCCAAAUGAUGUUUCCAAAUCACAGGUUGUGAUCUCCAGCUGCGUGUUUGAAAGUUAUUCAUUGUAAUUGGCAUAUGUAUAUUUGGAAACCAUUGAAAUCUAGAUGUUAGAAACUGAAUUGGAAAUACUGUGCAUUUUGAGGGGCCUUUUCAACGGAGCCGUGCUUAAUAUUUAAAGUUGCGUGGAUUUUGCAGCAAAAAAAAAUCGAACCGUCUCAGCACAAGAAUUUGGAACUAUGUACCUCUUUGAAUCGUAACUGCAGCUCUGUCUCGGUGUUGGCCAGCUCGGUGAGGCGGGGGUCAGGGUGACGUUGCUUUCAGAGGCUGGGAGGUGGUGCUGUUCUGUAUUGGCUCCUGUUUUCCCGUCUCCCCACUCGCCUUUGGAGUAUCGACAGUGAACACAGUCUCAUCCCGGAGACUGUGGAGGGAAGCUGACCGGCUGGUAGACCGGUGCUGAGCCGUUCCCAGGCUAAAAGCCCAGUGAAGGUGGAUAUAGAAUGGCACCUCAGCAGAAGCAGAUUAUUGCAGAAUUGUUUCCCUGAAAAUUAUGUCUACAUCGCAGGAUUGCAGUGGUUCAGGAAGGACCAAUAACCUGACCAGAAGGACAGCCAGCUGGCUAAGAGCUUAAUUCCAGUGGAGAAGUGUUGAGGCCCCUCCAGUAUUCCUCUGCACCUUCCUGUUGAGCCAACGUUUCGAUGAGUUCCCGGAGCCAAAGCUUCUUCCACCGGACCCCACCAGGUCCCUCUUCCAAACCCCGGCUGGUAACUGGGGGAGUCCUGGGUGGGAUCGCUCAAAUUACCCCAUGCCUCUACCUCUGCAGUGGCAAUGCAGCCACAAAUCGCAACCUGGUCCUGUCGAAGGGCAUUACCUGCAUCAUUAAUGCGACCAUGGAGAUCCCCAACGCUAACUGGCCUGAGGUUGAGUAUGUCAAAGUGCCUGUCGCCGACCUACCACACGCCCCCAUCUCUCUGUAUUUCGACAGCAUCGCCGAUAAAAUCCACAGCGUCAGUAAAAAACACGGCUCGGCCUUGGUCCAUUGUGUAGCCGGCGUCAGCAGAUCAGCCUCUCUCUGCAUUGCCUACCUGAUGAAGUUUCACAAGAUCUCCCUUCUCGAGGCUCACAACUGGGUCCAAUCUCGUCGCCCCAUCAUUCGGCCCAACGUGGGCUUCUGGAGGCAGCUGAUAGAAUACGAACGGAAACUGUUUGGCAAGAACAGUGUUAAAAUGGUGCAGUCUCCCAUCGGGGUAAUCCCUGACAUUUAUGAAAAGGAAACCAGAAACCUCACUCCUUUUUGGGGCAUUUAACACAGUUUGAGGGACUAAUCUGCUACUGCUCUGUUUUCACAAACAAAAAGGAAUUAAAGUCUCCCAAAGGAUCAUAACUCUGGAAAAUAUUAAGGCGUAGACACUGCUAAAUCCAAUAUAAAUGGAUUGAACGUCAGUUGUUCUGUAUCCCACAAGGCCCUCAGAUAAACCAGCGAUUCAGAAUACCGUAAAUCCAUUAAAAGUCGCUGGGCUUUCUACAGCUUUAAUAGUGGAAUUAAUUUCUUUGUAUUUAUUUUUAAACAUAGAUGUAUUUCUAAAAUUUAAUUCUAAUUAUUUUGUCUUUAAUGUUUUUAUCACAGUCCUUUCAGUGGGACUCACAGGCAGAUAUUAACAUUUCUGAUAUUGAUGUGGACAGGACUUUGGAAUGGAGAGAGUUGUGCUUGGUUUGUGGAUAAUUUUACAGACUUCAGUGUCUACAUCUCUCCACCUCCCUUCUACCUGUAAGCUGCUGCUAUGAACUUGGGACGAUCACAGUGAAAGUUCAUUUUGAACAAGAAGUAAACUGUAGAUGUAAUGAUCCUAUUUGCACUGCUGUGUUAUUGUUGUGUCAUGUGUACUACCUUUUUUGAGGUCUACCUGAGAGAUGAGUUGAAACCAGCAGAGAGCGCUUGCCUGUUUUAAAUAGUAUGGUGUGAGGUCUGAGUAUAGUCAGUGAAACAUAAAUGCGCUGCUGUUUUGCGUUGUCAUUCUGCGAGAGAAUUGAGCCCUAUGACAGGGAUUUGAGAAAGAUUGGUUUGAUUUUUGGAUCUGUUGCAGUUGAGAAAGAUUAUUUGCUUAUGCAGUGAGUGCUUAGAUAUUUCACAGUGGUGUAUGUUUCUCAUGGGGUUUUUUAACCAAUUCCAGGUCUGCAUUCUUCCUUAAACCAGCACAGUCUCUGUUAGUGAGCCCAAACUCACUAUACCGUAAUGUGCACAUUCUCUCCUCCCUUUUUACCUGUGAGCAACUUUGAAUUGUAUUUCUGGGCAGCUGUAGAUCACUCAGACCAAUGUGAGACUUGUAGAAACUUUUGUCUUUUUUGAGCACAUUGUCUAAAUGAUGUAUUGAAUGGUCUAUGCUUGAGUGUCUGCACAGCUGAACAAGGGUAAUUCAGACAGUGUCAGAACACCGUAAAUGAAAUUAAAUUUAUCUGCAGAACUGCUUGUAAUUCCUUUUUUUUCUUUAAUGAAAAUUGCAAUGUAGGAAGAGCUCUAUCAAUAACGUACAACUUUAAAAAAAUAAACUUUUUUUGUAUAAAUUA